AUGACGGGGGACAAAAAAGACCUAAUUCCUAGAAAGUGUUCCACAAACUUGCCAACGCGCUGCGGAACAACCAUUGGCCUGCCCACCGGGUUUCCUCUGCCCGCCCCGGUCUCCUUCUCCGUAGCAGCAACACUUCGAUGUGUCAAAGCAGCACUUUGUGAGCCGGCCCUCUCCUCUGCCGCCCGGUCGCCUCCCUCGGAGUCUCUGGUUUCCAAAAGGCAGGAAAGGGGGGAAAGCAGGACGGCUCGGGUGGAGAAUGGGAACUCCUACGUGGUGAGGGAGCGAGGAGGGAGGCGAAAAGAGGAAGCCAGGGAAGAGGGAGGGGCUGGGCUGAAGCCGCCGCCGCCACCCCCAGGGGCCGCCCCGGAGCGAGCUAGCGUCCAGCUGCUGUGGGCGAGCACCGCUAGACUAGGGAUCCCCGGGUCUGGGAGCCCUGAGGAUGCUAGCGUGUGGUCCAGCCUCCAAGCAGCGAUCCUGCCUCCAGCCCCUUCGCGUGCAGCCGCUGCUUCGGCAGCGGAGGCUGCGCUGCGUCCGCCUCCUCCUCCAGCAGCUGCCGAGGGCUGGCAGGACUCAGAGGAGGCAGGAGAGGAGGGGAGGAAAGCGCUGCUCGGAGCAGGUCCCCGGCAGCGGGUGGAGGAAGAGGGGUGCACCCAGAUCACCACCACCAAUGGUCACCCUCCCUUACAAGGGGGCGACAGCUCGCCCCUGGGUCCUCAAAGCAGGGGUAAUCGGGCAGGCGAUGAGUCUUGGGGGGGGGGGGGGGACGGAAAUGAACCAAUGUGGAGCCACUGCGGGCUAGGAAGGACUGCGAUUAGCCAUCAACUCUUUCCCGUUCCAGGAGCCUCCCGGGUGUCCCUCUCCCUCCCUCCUCGGGAGGGGUGAGGUGGGCUUCCAGCCUCCCGCUCCUCACGCGGCCCGUUUAAUGGGCAGGUAAUUUUCUCGGGCUGGAUGACGGCUUGGUGGGUAAUCUCUUACCAUACAAGCAAGAGAACCAGAGCCUGAACCUUCAGAACCCAGAUAACGUAGGGUGGGAUACCAUGCAUCUGUAAUCCCAGUGUUGUCCCAGGAAGAUGGAAGGUAGAGAUGUGAUAAUCCUCCAACAUUUGCAAGACACAGACUGAUGGAUGUAGUGAGAAGCAAAAAUACCUCGUCUCAGAUAAGGAGGAAGGUGAGUACUGACAUCGAAAGUUGUUCCCUCACCUCCACAUACUCCCUGCUUGAAGCUCUCACACACAGGAGUACUGUUAUGUACUAAUACGAACAUAAAAACUAACAGAGGAACAAAUAUUAAGAAUAAAUGGCAUCAAUGCAAUUUGACUUUGAUACAAAUUGAGUGUCUCUGUCUUCAUGCCUUGUUUCCUUUUUCGUUUUCAGUGAGUAGCUGCUGAUAUUCACUAACAAUAAAAUGUAAUUAUACAGUAUCUAAUAUAUGAUAUAUUGAGUGUCUAAAUUUAUUAUUUUCAGCAAUCUGCAAAACAUUUCAUGAUAUCUCUACCCUUUAAUUUCUAAUUUUUUUCUAAAAUUACUCAUUAUGAUCUUUUUCUUCAGUUAUCUAAUAAACAUUAGUGUUUGAGGUAUAAUUGAUGCAGACAAGGUCAAUGAAAAUUAUAUAGCAUAAUGAGCAAUCGAGGGGUUUGUGUUUUAUUGUUGUAGAUUUUGUAGUCUGUUUCUAGAUCUGGCUUAAGUCCAGGUUGUUACUUACCUUUUAUGUUGUUUCUCUCAUCUCUACUCCCCACCAAAAGAACACAUUCAAAGGACGUUAUAUGAUAAAGCUGAAGAAACGUUUAUAGGAUUUCUGAUAGUCUAUUUCACAGCCUUUGUUUGGAAUCAUCAAAAGGAGAUGAAAAACUAUUUCAUUUUAAAGUUUUCCAGAUGAGAUUUCACCAUACUCAUAAGCAAUCUCUUUACUGAUCAUUAGGAAACUUUAGUCUUCUCUAAACUAAUGCUGAUGGAACAUUUCCACUCCAUUGUCCCUGCAAAGAACAAGGAUGACCAAUGUAAUCUUGAAUGAUAUAACAACAGAGCAGGCUGGAUCAAACUACAGCUUGAAAUCAGAUGUGCAAGGCAGAUCUGCACUAUCAUCUUAUUUCUACCAUUUUAGAGUAUCAGGUUAGCAAUUAAACUGUUAAACAAAGGUUAGAAUGCCAACUUCAAUAUAGGGGAUUGGAAUUAAUGACCUUGGUGGUGGUGGGUUACUAUAAUGAACUUAUGUUGAGAUGGCAAUGUUAUUUGUGAGUCGAGAAGCACAUCUCUUCACCAAUAGAGAACUGACUAACCUUCUCAGCUUCACUUACAGUUCAUUUAAACCACAUGAUUUGAGUUCUGGCCAUUGGCAUAAUAGCGCUUCUUUAUUCAGCCUGUGAUGGUUAGUAUUUAUUGUCAUCUUGACAAAAUCUAGAAUCAUCUAGGGACACACCUCUGGGCAUAUUUGUGAGGGACUUUCUACACUGUGAUAGCCGAGUUGGGAAGAUACAUCCUAAGCUUAGGGGGCAUCUUUCCAAAAGCUCAUGUUCCAGACUUGGUAGAAAGGAGAAAACAAGGUGAAUGCCUGUAUUCAUCAACCACUGCUGUGUGACCGCUGAUGCCAUGUGACCAACAGUCUCAAGCUGCUGUCAUCAUGUUGUCCUUUCCUAAUGUGGAUGCAAAAUGAACCCUGCUUGAUGUUGCUUUAGCCAGGCAUUUUGUUACAGUAAUGGAACAAGUAACUAAAAGACCCCUUGAGAUUCCAUCUCACGUCAUCCUCUUAGGAAUUCUGACUGUUCUCUCAUUGAUUAGAUUACCUCCUGAAAACAUUGGGCUGCAAGAUACAAUACAUCAUCCUCAAAAUGGUUGUUUACAGCUAAUUCAGACCAUCUUAUUCUCCUUCAAAGACUUCAGACUGCAACAAUUAAAUUGCAGUAAUACUUGCGUGUUUUUCUUAAAUAUGCAUGGUAACAACUACAAAGCCAUUUGCAUUAUCUAAUAAAAUUCUCAGAAUCCAUGUGUGAGUGACAUUGAUAUUAACUUUACUUCCAAGUGUAUUAUCAUUAACUCUGUAAUUCUGAGUAGAACUAAUGAAAACUCAAUAGAAGAGAGCACAAGGGUCAAUGUUUGUAGCUGAUAUUCUUAAACUCUCAACAAAGCCAACAGUAUCAUCUAGCUUGGGCCAGAAUCUUCUGGAGCAAUGUUUCCUGACAUUUAAAAAAAAUUUUUCAUUGCCAUUUUUCUAAGGAGCAGUUACAUUCAGAGUGCCCAUGUCCCCCU